GGUAAAGGUCAUAUUUGUUUACAUCAAGAAGGUAAAUGUUCAGAGUUAAAUUAAAUGAAAGCAUAUAUUGUGUCUAUCAAUAAUAAAUUGAUUGAUACAGCUCAGAUAGUGCUAUAAAUUGGAUUGAAUAAAACCAAACGACCUUAAUGACUGAAGGGGACAAAUCUGGUAUGGACUCGAACGCGUUCAGCCAAUACCUGACGGGUAUCUACCAGGGUGGGUGUGUCAUGCUAUCUGUCGCAAUUGGGCACGAGCUUGGUCUCUUUAAGGCUAUCUGUGAAGAGCAAGGACCAUUCAGUUUGGAGGACAUCGCUGGAAAACUAAAAUUCAAACCAAGAUAUACGAAGGAAUGGCUGUCGACAAUGGUAGCAGCCGGUAUUCUGCACCAAGAUCGGGAUUCGCGACUCUACACCGUGCCCGAGGGUCAUAAGCCCGCUCUUCUGAAAAACACGGGCUUUGGACCAGUGAUUAUCACUCUCAGCGCCAGAGCGGACCGCAUCAAAAAGUGUUUUCAAGAGGAUGGGCCUUACGGCAUUAGUUAUGCAGAAAGCCCUGAGUGGUUUGACUGGUUCAACGGCUACCGGAGCAACAUGGGCGAACACACGGUGAACAGCGAGAUUCUACCUCUGUGGAAGCAGCAGGCACACAUUAUUCCACGUCUAGAAAGUGGCAUCAAGGUGCUAGAUCUCGGCUGUGGGCCUGGGAACUACACAAACAUUAUUGCACAGCGAUUUUCCAAUUCCACUUUCGUUGGGCUCGAUUACUCGGAAACUGCUGUAGAAAUGGCCAACAAAGAUAAGGCCGAGCGGGGUUUAUCCAAUGUGACAUUUCAGGUGGGUGACGCGCAUAAUCUGCCGGAAGACUGGACAGAAGGCUUCGAUAUGGUGUUCGUGUACGACGUCCUACAUGACCUACCGGACCCAUACAAAGCAUUGAAACAGAUCAAUCGAAUCCUUAAACCCGAUGGAUGCUUCAGUCUUAUUGAGAUUGGUUUCCAUAGCGACCCGGUUGAUAAUGCCGGCGACAUGUCGGCCGCCAUGUACUACUGCUGCAGCAUGUUCAUAUGUCUGGCGUCCAGUAUGACAGAAGAGCCAAGGGUCGGCUAUGGUGCGUGCUGGGGCCGCGAGGAGAUCCAAAAGGCCGUCCUGGGAGCCGGCUUUAAAAUCAGCGGCGAUGCUUCACUAGUUGUUAUGGGAACAAAAUGUUUUUUCUUUUGUACCAAAUGACGAACAUAACUAUAUUUCACAUUCCAAUUGUACAGGAAUUAAUGAAAUGUUCGUUGCACGUCGUUCGGCUAAGACAUCAACGCAGGUCCUUAAUAAAUAUACCUAAUUAACCAGCGAUGUGAUAAAACAAUCAACAGACUUCCGGCUUAGUUUGGCAAAUUACUACUAAUUUGAUUAAUAAAUAUGUGCGUCCGUACAGUUUUCCUAUCAGGGUCAUAAUUUUUUUUUUCUUCUAUAACGAUGGCUUUUGGGUCACGUGUUCAGGGAAGCACUCAGAACUCCUGUUUGACUAAAACCGGCUCGAAUAACACGUUGUCCAUCAUUGUUGAGCAAUGUCCCACCCAUAUCUCAUAAAAUUGUGAUGAAAAUAGUGUCAAUUGUUUUUCUUGGACAGCCAAUGUUAAAAAUGCGCAGGCACCGAUUCAAUGACAUAUUAUUACGUCCAGGGGCCGUGAUUACGAACGGUCUCAAGUCUGAGUCUGGACUCACAUUUACUAAUUACAGACUCUUAUUUUUUAACGGUGUUUACAAAGAGACUCAGAAUCUGACUCAAGUUCUGAGACUGAGUCUGAAAACUUUAGUCUACUACGUAGCUGUCUUAUGUGA